AUAAUCCAAAGAGUCAUAACCUAAAAAGCAAUUCAAAUGGCCACCGGAAAAUUCUUCCGAGAUAUAGAGCUACCUCAGCAAAAACCUCAGGACAACGGCGUUUAUUUCCCGGCGGUGUUAUCCCCAAACCAUAACACUGGUUCUACUGCAGUAGAAGAACUCCAUGAUUUUGAAGAAGCGAUUAGAGUUCAGAAACCAUGGCUAGAGUCUCUUCUCCAGAAAAGCGGUGCUAUUCUCUUCCGAGGCUUCCCUGUUGCCACACCUUCGGACUUCAACAACGUUGUCGAAGCUUUCUCCUACGCUGAAUUUCCCUACUUGGGUGGCAUAGCCACUCGGACGAAGGUGGUUGGCCGGGUUUACACCGCAAAUGAAUCUCCUCUCCAUAUGGGAAUUCCUUUUCAUCACGAGAUGUCUUACGCUCGUGAUUUCCCCACCAAGUUAUUUUUCUAUUGUGACGAAGAACCCGGAGAAGGGGGAGAAACUCCGAUAGUUUUAAGUCAUAUCAUAUACGAAAAGAUGAAAGAGAGACACCCUGAGUUCGUUAUGCAACUGGAGGAGCAUGGGGUUACGUAUACAGACUUUGCAAGCGAUGAAAACGAUCCAUCAUCAUUCACUGGGAGGAGUUGGAAGUCGAUAUUCAAAACCAACGACAAGAAUGUUGCUGAGGAAAGGGCAGCGAAGCUUGAGGUGAAGGUAGAAUGGAUUGGGAAUGGUGCGAAACUUACAACAGCUACACUGCCAGCCAUCAGGCUUGACAAAGAGAGUAGCCGGAAAACAUGGUUCAACAGUCUUGCAGUUGGUAGCGAUGCUGUUGUGGAGAUCGGUAAUGGCGACCCUGUGCCUGAUGAUGCUGUGGAAGAUUACUUGAAGAUCUUAGAAGAAGAGUGUGUUGCGAUUCCUUGGAAGAAAGGCGAUGUUCUUCUUAUUAAUAAUUUGAUGGUUCUUCAUGGCCGACGACCACUACUAAAGCCACCACGUCGUGUGCUAGCUUCCCUUUGCAAGUGAUCGGCGUUUCAUUGCAGGCAAAAACAAUAUGUUGUAGUUUAUAAUUAAUAGUAAUAACCAGCGAUUAAUAAAUGCAAAUACCAAGCUAAAUAAAAAAUGCGUUUUUAUAGGUUUCCAUUUAA